AAGCCUAUGCUGCGCCCCAGCCAGCAGUCUGCCGGAGACAGACACCGCGCCGCAGCCUCCUCCCCCAGACAUGUCUGCUUAGACCCGAGCAGCCCCGCCGCCAGCCCCAGCCCGCCGCCGGCUCCGAGCUAUGACAGGAGUAUUUGACAGAAGGGUCCCCAACAUCAGAUCCGGCGACUUCCAAGCUCCUUUUCAGACGGCUGCAGCCAUGCACCACCCGUCCCAGGAAUCUCCCACUUUACCCGAGUCCUCGGCUACGGAUUCCGACUACUACAGCCCGGCGGGGGGAGCCCCGCACGGCUACUGCUCGCCUACCUCGGCUUCCUACGGCAAAGCACUCAACCCCUACCAGUAUCAGUACCACGGCAUGAACGGAUCUGCCGGGAACUAUCCUGCCAAAGCCUAUGCAGACUACAGCUACGCCAGCCCCUACCACCAGUACAGCGGGGCUUACAACCGCGUCCAGAGCUCCGCCAGCCAGCCAGAGAAGGAGGUGGCGGAGCCAGAGGUGCGGAUGGUGAACGGCAAACCAAAGAAAGUGCGCAAACCCCGGACUAUUUAUUCCAGCUUUCAGCUGGCAGCGUUGCAGAGGAGGUUUCAGAAGACCCAGUACCUCGCCCUGCCCGAGCGGGCCGAGCUGGCAGCCUCCCUGGGACUCACGCAGACACAGGUGAAAAUCUGGUUUCAGAAUAAAAGAUCCAAGAUCAAGAAGAUCAUGAAAAACGGGGAGAUGCCUCCGGAGCACAGCCCCAGCUCCAGCGACCCCAUGGCCUGCAACUCUCCACAGUCACCUGCGGUUUGGGAACCUCAGGGCUCGUCCCGCUCCCUCAGCCAUCAUGCCCACGCACACGCUCACCCUCCAAACUCCAACCCGUCCCCUGCAUCCAGCUACCUGGAGAGCUCCACUUCCUGGUACCCCGCUGCCAACUCCAUCAACUCCCACCUCCAACCCCACGGCUCCCUACAGCACCCGUUAGCGCUGGCCUCUGGGACGAUUUAUUAGAGCCUGGCCCUUAUUAUUUUAUUAUUUUUUUGUUGUUGUUCCUUGGACUCCUGUGUUUUACUGUUAAGGAAUAAUAACGAAAGGAAUGCAUAUGGGGAAUUUUUAAAAGGGAAAAGAAACAAAAAGAUUAAAAUGUGUAAAGCUUGUGCAUGUAACUUAUUGCAUUUCAAAGGAAACCCUUUUUUAUACAAUACGGACAAUUUUUGGCUCAGCUGUGGACACUAUCAUUGGUGCCUUGAAAUCUAUGACCUCAACUUUUCCAGAGACUUUUUUCGAUGUUAUUUUAACCCUGUAAAUAAUUGUAGAUAGAGGAAUUAAACUGUAUAUUCUGAAUAAAAUAAAAUUAUUUCGACCACGA